AUGGCGGACAGGAAGCAAGCCACCAAGCGCGCUGCGCAAAAUUUAAAUAUCACCAACCCAUGUACGCCUUUAAAAGCAGUCCAAACUAAAAUUCCUAAACCCAACACACCAGAGAGAAGAAUGGAAGAAAAAGAAGGAGAAAAAGAAGUAGAUAUGCGCCAAAUUCAACAAAUGUUUUCGACUAUGAUGACGAAACUUGAGAAGCUUGACGGAAUAGAAGCAGACAUGAAAGAGAUAAAACAUUCCUUGGAAUACGCGCAUGCUGAAAUAGCAGAUUUAAAACAGCAAAAUGAAACAAACAAAGUAAAUCAAGAACAAACAAGAGAAAGAAUAGGAAAACUGGAGCAAGACAACGCCACAUUGC